CGUAGUUUUGCGAGCAAAAGCUGGUCGGGGGCGGUUCUUCACCUGUGUGGUCUCUGCCACGUCGUUUGGUCGGAGCCUGCUGUAGCCGUGGACGAGGCAAGGCGGCGAGUCGGCGGAGGCGGGUAACCCGCCUCCAUCGCGCUUUCCGCGAGCGUGACGUUUGGCUGCCCCUCUCACGCCCCUUCUGCGCCGGCGUCUCUCGGCUUCGCUCCCGCGCCCAGGGCGUCGGUCAUAUUGCCGGUCUUGGAAGUGAUCUCGCGCCCUGCGGUUCCUGCUGCUGGGUGGCGACAGUCGCCACGGUGGCGGCCACUGCGUCUCGUUCCACCUCCACGGCUCUGGGCGCUGUGGUGUCGGCGGGCCCAGAGCCUAUGACCACCCAGGGCCAGCCGGCUCCCGGAUCGUCGGUGUGUGGCACGGUUUUCCGCCACGUCCGGUAUGAGAACCUGGUGGCGGGUGUGAGCGGAGGGGUCUUGUCCAACCUCGCGCUGCACCCGCUCGACCUCGUGAAGAUCCGCUUCGCCGUGAGUGAUGGAUUGGAACUGAGACCAAAAUAUAAAGGAAUUUUACAUUGCUUGACUACCAUUUGGAAACUUGAUGGACUACGGGGACUUUAUCAAGGAGUAACCCCAAAUGUCUGGGGUGCAGGUUUAUCCUGGGGCCUCUACUUUUUCUUUUACAAUGCCAUCAAAUCAUAUAAGACAGAGGGAAGAGCUGAACGGUUAGAGGCAGCAGAAUACCUUAUCUCAGCUGCUGAAGCUGGAGCCAUGACCCUCUGCAUUACAAACCCAUUAUGGGUAACAAAAACUCGCCUGAUGUUACAAUAUGAUGGUGUUGUUAACUCUCCACAGCGGCAAUAUAAAGGAAUGUUUGAUACACUUGUGAAAAUAUAUAAAUAUGAAGGUGUGCGUGGAUUGUAUAAGGGAUUUAUUCCUGGGCUGUUUGGAACAUCCCAUGGUGCCCUUCAGUUUAUGGCAUAUGAAUUGCUAAAGUUGAAGUACAACCAGCACAUCAAUAGAUUACCAGAAGCCCAGUUGAGCACAGUAGAAUAUAUAUCUGUUGCAGCACUAUCCAAAAUAUUUGCUGUAGCAGCAACAUACCCAUAUCAAGUUGUGAGAGCUCGUCUUCAGGAUCAACACAUGUUUUACAGUGGUGUAAUGGAUGUAAUCACAAAGACAUGGAGGAAAGAAGGCCUCGGUGGAUUUUACAAAGGAAUUGCCCCCAAUUUGAUUAGAGUGACUCCAGCCUGUUGUAUUACCUUUGUGGUAUAUGAAAAUGUCUCACAUUUUUUACUUGACCUGAGAGAAAAGAAAUUAAGCUAAGAGAAGAUAAUUCCAAUAUAUCUGCUCAAGGUGGCAACAAGUUCCUUUGUGUUUGAGGCAUAAACUCAGAAGAAUGCUGCAUAGCAACUUGGUUCAUAAUCGAAAUUGGUCUGUAAUUUUUAGACGUCAAAAAACUGCUAAAUCUUUGCAAUGUUUUUCUGCUUUUUGCCUUCUCCAUAUGUAUGGGACUUGGCUACCUCUGCCUGAAAUGACUGCCAUCAGCACAAUGCUAAAACUGACAGCAAAUGUAGAGUUUUACAAAUUUCUCCAUUUCACUGUUCAAGUAGAAGCUGAUUUGCAACAUUUGAUAAAUGGAUUAAAUGAAUGUGCUGCUUUUUCUGAACUUAUUUGCCUGGAUUGGCUUUAAAAUUAACCUUUGUGCAAUAGCAAGAAAAUGGCUUCUUACAAGAAUGUCAUUGUGUAUUUCCAGGGUAAAUUAAACUUUAAGGAUUUACUGGAUAAGAUGUUGUCCAUCCAGACCAUUUUAUAAUUGAGAGUUUUUAGUGAGAAAAAAAUUCAUUUUAAAUGUGCUUUAGUUUUAAUUCAGUUGGGAUACACUAACUAGAAAAAUUUGAGAAGUUAUGUACUUCUCUGAGAAAUAUGACAUCUGUUGUCAUUAUUGCUAAUUUUUUUCCCCAGAGACUUCCAUAAUUUAAAAUAUAAUCCUGGAUCCAGUAUUUUUUUGGGGGAGGGAGGAGAAUAGGUACUUAGUUUUUUUUCAAUUUUUAAAAUCUACUUCUAGGAUCCAGCUGUGUCAGCCUUUAUUUAACAUAUAUGGCUAUAAAUCACUUACUGAAGAUGCUAAAUAAAUCACCUUUUAGAGAUGC